AUGAAAUUGGAUGUUGUUAAACAAUUCUCGACUCGUUCAGAUAGAGUAAAAGGAAUUGAUUUCCACCCAACAGAGCCAUGGAUUUUGACAACAUUGUACAAUGGUAAAAUUGAAAUUUGGUCAUACGCAACCAAUUCUUUAGUUAAAUCUAUACAAGUCACUGAAAUGCCAGUACGUACUGGUAAGUUCAUUGCUCGUAAGAAUUGGAUUGUUGUUGGAUCUGAUGAUUUCCAAAUUAGGGUUUAUAACUAUAAUACUGGUGAAAAAGUCACUCAAUUUGAAGCCCAUCCAGAUUAUAUCAGAAGUAUUGCCGUGCAUCCAUCUAAACCAUAUAUUUUGACUUCAAGUGAUGAUUUAACUAUUAAAUUAUGGAAUUGGGAUUAUAACUGGAAGUUGGAACAAACUUUUGAAGGACAUCAACACUAUGUCAUGAGUGUAAAUUUCAAUCCUAAGGAUCCAAACACUUUUGCUUCUGCUUGUUUAGAUAGAACCGUCAAAAUCUGGUCUUUGGGUUCAUCCCAACCAAACUUCACCUUGAUUGCUCACGAAGCUAAAGGUGUCAAUUAUGUCGACUACUACCCACAAGCAGACAAACCAUAUUUAAUCACUUCAUCUGAUGACAAAACCAUCAAAGUCUGGGAUUAUCAAACCAAAUCAUGUGUUGCCACAUUGGAAGGACAUUUAUCUAAUGUUUCAUUUGCCAUUUUCCAUCCUGAAUUGCCAAUCAUUGUCUCUGGUUCUGAAGAUGGAACUAUCAGAUUCUGGAAUUCAAACACUUUUAAGUUAGAAAAAUCCAUAAACUACAGUUUGGAAAGAGCUUGGUGUAUUGGUAUUUUACCAAAGUCCAACGUCAUUGCCGCUGGUUUUGACUCUGGUUUUGUGAUCAUUAAAUUGGGUAACGAGGAACCAUUGUUUUCUAUGGAUUCAAAUAAUAAAUUGAUUUAUGCCAAGAACUCCGAAGUUUACCAAUCUGUUAUCAAACCAACAAGUUCUGAAGGAUUGAAAGAUGGUGAAUCAUUGAGUUUACAACAAAGAGACUUGGGUUCUAUUGAAAUAUUUCCACAAACUUUGAGUCAUUCACCAAAUGGUAGAUAUGCUGCCGUUUGUGGUGAUGGUGAAUAUAUUGUAUACACUGCUUUGGCAUGGAGAUCCAAGAGUUAUGGUAGUGCAUUGGACUUUGUCUGGAAUAGUCAUGAUUCUUCUGCUGCCUGUUCGUUCGCUAUCCGUGAAAGUUCAGUUAGUGUUAAAAUCUACAAAAACUUCCAAGAAUAUUUGACCCUUGAUUUGAUCUACCAAGCUGAUAAGAUUUUCACUGGUGCUUUAUUGGGGGUUAAACUGGAAGGUUGUAUUUCAUUCUACGAUUGGGAACAUGGGAAAUUGGUCAGAAGAGUUGACUUGGAUGACGAUAUUGCUGAAGUUGUCUGGUCAGAUAAUGGUGAAUUAUUAGCUAUUGUUACAACUUCAAACUUGGGUGAAGUCAGCAGCACUGUUGGGGCUAAGAAGAACAAUGAAACAUACUUUUUGAGUUAUAACAAUGAAUUGUUUGAAGAAGCUUUGGCUAAUGGUGAAUUGGAUCCAGAAGAAGGUGCCGAAAGUUCAUUUGAUGUUUUAUAUACUUUGCCAACAUCUGAAGCUAUUUUGUCUGGUAAAUUCAUUGGAGAUGUCUUUGUUUACACCACUGGUACAACCAACAGAUUGAACUACUUUGUGGGUGGUGAAGUCAUUAACUUGGGUCAUUUUGAUCGUAAAUUCUACAUCAUCGGAUACAAAGCCAGUGAUGGUAAAUUGUAUCUUAUCGACAAAUCUUUUGAUGUCAUUUCAUGGUAUGUCAAUGCUGAAGUAUUAGAAUUGCAGACAUUGGUGAUGAGAGGUGAUUUGGAACAAUUUGCUACUCAAAACCAUGUCGACGAAGAAACUGGUGAAGAAACAGUGGAUUUGUCUUCAAUUACAUUGGAAAAUGUCUCAGAUGAAUAUUCAAACUUGAUUUCCAGUUUCAGCAAAACUGAAUUGAAUCAAUUAUCAAGAUUCUUUGAAAAAUUAGGCUACUUGUCUUUAUCCUUUGCCUUGUCACAAGAUUUCGACUCCAAAUUCCAACUUUCAUUAUCUACUGGUAACUUGAAACAAGCUUACAGUUUAUUAUCAGCUCAAGAUAAAGAAAAUGCAUCAUUAGCUUUAGCCAAUUCUGGUAAAUGGAAGAAAUUAGGUGAUUUGGCAUUGUCUAAAUGGAAUAUAAAAUUAGCACAAGAGAGUUUCUGGUUAGCUAAAGAUUACCCAUCCUUGUUGUUACUAUUAUCAUCAUCACAAAACAAAGCUGAAUUGAUAAAAUUGGCUGAAGAAUGUGAAACCAAAGGUAGAUACAACAUAGCAUGGCAAUCUUGGUGGUUAGUUGGAGAUGUCACUAAAUGUUUUGAUUUAUUAAUUAAAAGCGAAAGAUAUACUGAAGCUGUUAUCUUUGGUAAGAAUUAUGGAGUUGAAGCCGAAAAAUUGAGUGAAGGUAUUGCAUUAUGGAAACAAACUUUACACAAAAAGAACAAGGGUAAAGUUGCUGAUAGAUUAAUUGAUAGCUUUAGUGAAUUGAAGACAAACGGAACCGGUGCUCCAUUGAUUGACCUUGAAAACAACGGCCACCAAGAAGAAGAAAAAGAACAAGAAGAUGAAAAACAAGAAGAUGAAGCUGGUGCUUCAGAAGUACAACAAGAAGAAGUUGAAGAAGUAGAGGCUGAAAUUGAACAAGAUGACGAAGUUGAAGAAAAGGAUAUUUAG